AUGUCAAACUCGUAUAUUCUUAUUAAAGGUGGAACAGUGAUCCCCUUGGUGACAUCGGGAGGGAAGCCCCUCUACAAUUGCGACAUUCUAAUAGAAAACGACCGGAUACAGGAUAUAGGCCAAGACCUAUCCUUACCAACUGGAAACAAUGUGUCCACCAUCGAUGCAAAGAAUUGCAUUAUUACUCCGGGAUUCGCCGACGGCCACCAUCACAUGUGGCAGCAUCUCUUGCGCGGUAUCACGGCUAAUUGGUCUCUGUUUGGGUAUGCAUGUCACCUGAGGAGUGUAUAUGGGAGCUUAUACACACCAGAUGAUGUCUACCUUGCCACUUACGCUGCUGGCUUAAGUUUGCUCAAUAACGGCAUCACGACCGUCCUGGACCACUGCCACGUUAUAAACUCGCCCGCACAUGCCGAUGCAGCUGUGAAGGGCUUGAAGGAUGCUGGUAUUCGAGGAACAUUCUGCUAUGGAUUUUACCGGAACCCCAAAGAACCCGGGGAUUUUGCGAGUACUGCGUCGGACCCAUUUGACCAAGCUGCACGAGUCGAUGAUGCUCUCCGUGUGCGCGAAGAGCAUUUCUUGAACAACGAUGUCAACAGUACGCUUCUCACUUUUGGGGUCGCAUUGAACGAUCCGCCGACGCAAUCCCGGGAAAAAACAAUCGAGGAACUUGAAAUCGCGAGAAAGCUCAAAGCUAGGCUCAUUACUGUACACGCUUCAGUGGUAUCUCAUGAUGGGGCCCCUAACCCCGAGGUCGUCCAGGAUUUGGCUGAUGCACAACUCAUGGGACCGGACCUUGUAUUUAGUCACGGAGGCUGGAUGACAGAUAGCGAGCUGGCUGCGGUGCAGAGUUCUGGGGCUGGCAUUGUCGGCACCCCCGACACGGAGCUGCAAAUGGGAAUGGGAUAUCCCGUAGUAUGGAAAUCUGCUGAUAUGGGCUGUCGGUCGUGCCUUGGGCUCGAUAUUACGUCGAAUCAAGGCAAUGAUUUCAUGGCACAAAUGAGGUUGGCUCUUCAGACGCAACGAGCUCGCGACUGUGAUCAUCGCACAGUCCACAGAGAUGUCCGCAGGAAGGCAGUAGAUGUGUUACGCAUGGCAACAUUGGGAGGCGCAGAGGUUAUGGACAUGGACUCGUUGAUUGGUUCUAUCGUUCCCGGUAAAAAGGCCGACCUGGUGAUGUUCCGCUGUGAUGAUAUUGAUACCGUGCCCGUUGUGGACCCUAUCGCGACUGUGGUCUUCCAUGCAUCGCCAAAGAACAUUGACACUGUUAUCGUCGACGGAAAAAUUGUCAAGCAGAAUGGUCGGCUCGUCGGUGUUGAUUGGGAGUCCCUCCAUGAUGAAAUCAUAUGCAAAUCCCAACGACUGAGGGAUCAAGCAGGCAAAGUCGAUAUGAAGAAGGCAGAAUCGCUAUUCCACUCCAUAUUCGAGAAGGCUAUGCAAAAUUAA